AUGGACCUCAUCAAUAGCAUCAAUCGCAGUCAUGGACUGGGCAGCAUUCGCGAAACCCUCGAAGCAGAGGAUCCAAUUGUCGUAUUGCGGGGCAAAUUGGAACGAGCUUGUGAACGCUUGUCCAAAGAUUUGUACAAUACGAAGACUCAUUUCUUGCUCGAGUUCAUCCAGAACGCGGAUGAUAACGCUUAUGGGCCCGGUUCAGUUCCGACUUUGCAGCUCCAACUGGAAGGUCGCCAGAUGACGAUCAAAUGCAACGAGCAAGGCUUUACGCCUGCUAAUGUGAAGGCGAUAUGCGAUAUAGGUGGAAGCACGAAGACGAAGGAUAAGUUGAUACAGGGAUACAUUGGCGAGAAGGGAAUAGGUUUCAAGGCGGUGUUUGUCGUCGCAUCCAAAGUGCAUGUCGCGUCCAACGCCUAUACUUUCAGAUUUGAUCGCGAUGCGCCACUGGGCAUGAUCAAUCCAAUAUGGGACGCCACUCACAAUGUUGAUCAGGGCUGGACGACAUUUCGGUUGGACAUAGCGGAGCACGAGCAUAUGGGAAAGCUGAGUAAGCAGAUAGGCGAGAUACAGCCGUCCCUACUGCUCUUUCUCCGUAAACUGCGUUCAAUCGGAAUGCGGGUGACCACCGCAAAUUAUCCACAUAUGCGGACAAUCAGCGUUGCGCGGAAUGAUCCCGCUCCGGACAUCGUCGAGCUAGAGCGCUGGGAGAACGGAACGAGCGUGCUGAAAUGCAGGUACAUUGUGAUCAAGCACAUGGUCUCGACCAUCCUCGACGAGCCGAAGAGAGAGGGAAUCGGACGGAGCGAGGUCGUGUUAGCGUUUCCUAUGACAUCUGACGAGCAACCGAUACUCGCGGAUCAAUACGUUCACGCAUUUCUUCCUGUAAGCCAAUAUGGCUUCGCCUUCGUGACUCAAGGAGACUUUCUAACCCCAUCAAGCCGGGAAUCGAUCCUAGCAGACUCCCGAUGGAACGAGAGGCUAUUCUUGGGCAUCAGUGAUGCCUUCUUUAUCGCCAUUGAUAGGUUCCAAGACCAUCCGGUCCUCAAAGAUGUCUGGAUUCGUUUUGUUCCUUUACGUCCCAAACAGCCCUUUGCUAAGGUGGCAGAACGCAUUGCAUCUAUGCUCGCGAAGCGCGCUGUACUGCGGUCCACGGAUGGAGCGCUUUGUCAUCCUAUCCACCUGAUCGUUGUUCUAAGAGAAUUGUGCGACCUUGAUGGGGAACCCCUCAUCCCUGCGCAGUACUUGUCCGGCAAACUCCGUUACCUCUCAAAAUCCUAUAACGUGUCCCAGGACAUGAUCUAUCUGCAACGGCUCGGUGUGCGCACCAUGAAUGACCAAGACUUCUUUGAUGGUCUCAAACGAAUGGGUAACCAAAUCUCUCGACAAUCCGACUCCUGGCACGAACUCGUGUGUGGUAAAUUGCACGACAAGAUCACGAAGGGCAAGCAAGGGAGGAAAGCUAAACCUGCAAUCCUAGAUCUAGUAAUCCUCCCUCUGAAUGAUGGCUCUUGGGCGUCCGCGAAGUCUGCCCCGAGCCAUGUCUUCGUCUCCGACUUGAAGGAGUUCAAGGAGUUGCAACUCUCGAGCAUCAGAGAGGGCAUCCCAGAGACGUCUUCCAGAUACCGGUUCUAUGCCGCUCUCGGGGUCAAACCUGCCGGACCAGCUCUCAUCGCAGAACGCAUUCUGACCUCGCAAACAUCGACUGCUCCCGAGACGCUAUUGCGUUAUUCCCGAUUCUUCUUUGAACAUCGGCGAGUUCGUGGUAUGCCUUCUGCCUCGACUCUCAAAGUCGUGGACGAACGCGGGCUCUUGGCAGAUGGCAAAGAAUCAUACCUGGAUCUAUCGAAUGACAAAGAGACUGAGACAACCUCGCUGCGCAGUAUACUUCCCUCGACCGCUCGAUUCCUACAUCCGACCUACACCGAUACUUACCAGGACCGAUAUUGGACAAUGUGGCUACAAGACAGUCUUGGUGUCAACACAGCUCCUCGAGUCGUGUCCGGACGACUAUCACUGGAAUUUCAGAUGAUGACGCAAACGCUAGAGACAUCUCGCUUGCUCUUGGUCCUCCGGGAGUAUUGGCCUCAGAUGUCUAGAAAGCUCUCUCAAGAAGGUAAAACCCAAUUGUCGCGAAUGAUUGUGACAUGUGAAGAUGGCAGAUACCCACUCGAAACGACUGCAUUGAGGAGGAGGGCUCUUCAAAGCCUUCCCAAUGGUCACAUUCGUUUCUUGCCUAUGUUGAACGCAAACGACCAUGGAUGGAAUUUCCUUGGAGAACUCGGCGUCAUGAUCGAUGCCGAUUUGGGUACAUUCAUCAAGAUUCUCAUACAUCUGCAGCAGACGAAAUGUCAAGAGGAAUCCUCGAUUAUGGAAACCUAUAAGCAGCUCAACGCUAGGUUCCACGACAAUCCUGGUGCUAUCUGUUCCGCGUUCAAGGACUAUCCCUUACUCUAUGUCCCCCGAGCACGCGAAGGUGGCUCGCAUACAUGGCUUGCGCUUCGCGAUGCAUACUGGGACGGCCCACGGUCGCUCCGUUCUAAGGUGCUCGUGAAGCGUUUGUAUCCGACACUGGAGGACUUCUUCAGAGACAAGCUCGGAAUGCAAAACGCCUCUUUGCAGACUCUUGUAGAUGAAUUCAAGAACCUCGCUAAUCAAUGGAACGGAAAACCGUUGCCUGAGUCGACCAUUCUCAACAUUGAGGGCAAGCUCCUUGAGAUCACUGAUUAUCUUGUCCGAGAUAUGAAGGCGGCGUCGACUUUGUCACCACUCGCACAACAGCCGAUCUUCCCUGUUUUUCUUCCUGGGAAGAGAGAUAGUCCAAGGCUACAAGCCAUGGGCCUGUUCUACGUCCCAGACAGGAGCGGUAAGUACGCCGAUCACUUCCUUGAUCGAGUACCCCUCCUGGCCGUGUCCGCGAUGCUUUCGAUUGUUCGGAUACAACCCUUACUGGACUCUGUUAUCUGGAAGCAAUCAGCACUGUAUCUCGAGAAUUCGGUCAGAUCGCAAACCAAGGCGUCUGGAACAAGAACAGAGGACACUCAGGCAAUGCAGCAAUUUAAAAGCAGGUUGGAAUACAUCGAGAGAGAUCUUUACCACAAGAGAGGCUCUUCCGAGCAGAUGGAGUUUCUACAGAAAUUGGACACAAUGACGGUUACGGUCGUUGACUCCAUCCUUUCCACGUUGACUUUAGGAGGGCAUACUGUAACUUCCAAUGCAAACUCCUCGAUUGAAGAGCAAGUAGGACGUGUCGCUAUACUCGUAGCAAGGGCUUGUACGAACAGUAGCAGGAGGCGCAACCGAGAGAUCUGCAGCCUCCUUGGCACCCGCUUGGGCUUGGAUAGGAUGAGCUUACAGACGUUGAUUGAUACACCACUUGACGAGGUCGAGGAGAUGUUGGACGAGCAGGGUAUUACAGCCAUCCCAGCAGAAGCCCGUCGUCUACAUUGUCAUGCCCGCUACGAAGAUGGCACUCUUGUCGAUGCUAGCCCCCGAAUCCUUUCUACAGAAUCAUCAGGAGCUGCGGCCAUUCGUCUCUCAUCAGCAGGCACACAAGGUCAUCGCAGAGCGAAGUCAAACGUGGAAGCUGAAAAAACAAAUGUGGACGUGCGGACUUUCCGGGCAAAAGCGGCAAAAUCGUUGCUUUCAUCCAGCCAAGUCCUGAGUGCAGGUUCUUCGCGGUUUCAAGCGCGCACCGCGGGCAACCUCGCCGCUCCUAUCAGUGCAGGAAAACAUGGGAAGUCAUCUGGAAAAGCAUCAGAAAACAAGGAUAUGGCCGUCGCCCCAUCGGCUGCAAAUGAUCGUGAGAACGGCAUCAUGGGCGAAUAUUUUAUCUAUGAAGUGCUGCAGCAGACUUUAGGAGCUGAUUUCAAUGAGGAGAAUUGGACGAGCGAGCUCCGCGGCGAGAUCUCCGGCUUUACGCCUUUCCAGGGUGAUGCUCUGGCCGAUUUCAGAUACAAGGAUGAUAAGGGCAUAUUGACAGGCUUAUGGUAUGGGAAUCAGACUAAGUCCACUUGGGCAGGUAGGUGGCCAACAUACCAUCUCGAGAUUAAGACAACGAGCGGGUCUGCGCGUGAGCCCUUUCAUGUGAGCCAAAGGCAAAUGGAGAUGGCAUUGCACUUGACAAGCCGGACGGACUCGCCCGGAAUAGUUCCAACCGAUGUCUACGUGAUCAUCCUCGUCACCGGGAUCCGUGGUGCAUCCACUUCUUACGUGGUGUUUCUUGAUCCCCACCGACGCAUCUAUGAUGGGAAUUUGUCGAUUCAGUCCGAUGUCUAUCUCUCAUUGCUAUGA